CCGUACAGAACAGUCCAUUACAGUAAAAAAAAAAAAAAAAAAAAAGCAAUACAUACAACAUUAAUCGCCUCAGAACUGUUAUUUAGACUAAAAUUGUUGUUUGACGAGCGAUGACUAAAUUAUGAAUUUUAAAGAAGAAGACAAGAAGGUUGACUAGGAAAGAGUCAUGUGGAGGAGAAUCCUAAGGAGGCAGAAAUAAACAAAGGGCUAGUGACUAUUCUCACAUGUGCUUGAGGGGGGAAACGUGUCUGUGCAGCAUUCUCCCACUCCACUUAGAUGUGUCACUGCCUUCAUCCAAGAUGUGUCACUCCCUUCAUCCAAGAUGUGUCACUUCCUUCAUCCAAGAUGUGCAGCAACCUUUAAAGGUGGGCGUGUCCUGACCUUCCACGUAUCCUCCCAUCCACUCAAGUACUUUUGCACCCCUGAAAGGGGAAACAUUAUCUUUGCAUUGGAAGUUUGGAUGCAGUGCACACCAGAAAACCACCGGUCUACACUACACAACAUUAGACUAGACUACACAACAUUAGACUAGACUACACAACAUUAGACUACACUACACAACAUUAGACUAGACUACACAACAUUAGACUAGACUACACAACAUUAGACUAGACUACACAACAGUAUUAUUGAGUGUAAUGGCGGAGACUGACAGUGCAAGGUGUGUGUGUGUGUGUGUGUGUGUGUGUGUGUGUGUGUGUGUGUGUGUGUGUGUGUGUGUGUGUGUGUGUGUGUGUGUGUGUGUGUGUGUGUGUGUGUGCGUGUGUGUGUGUGUGUGUGUGUGUGUGUGUGUCCAGGCUGCGAGUGGGCCCACCCCAAGAUGACGUCCCCCAGAAGCCGAGGCAAGAAGAAACCCCCCAAAGACAGCAUGACGCUGCUGCCAUGCUUUUAUUUUGUAGAGCUGCCCAUUGUGUUGUCCUCCCUGGUGUCUCUCUACUUCCUGGAGCUGACGGACAUCUUGCCCCCCGCCAUGGUGGGCUUCCGUUGCCAUGACCGCGACCUCUCCAUGCCCUACGUGGAGACGGGAGACGAACUUAUUCCUCUUCUGAUGCUGCUCAGCUUGGCCUUUGCUGGACCUGCAGCGUCUAUCAUGCUGGGCGAGGGUGUGAUGUACUGCAUGCAGUCCAAACUGAAGGCGUGUCCUAAGACGGAGAGCAGCAUCAACGCCGGAGGCUGCAACUUUAACUCCUUCCUGCGCAGGACCGUGCGCUUCGUUGGUGUGCACGUCUUUGGUCUCCUAGCAACAGCCCUGGUGACCGAUGUCAUCCAGCUGGCCACCGGCUACCACGCCCCUUUCUUCCUCACCGUCUGCCAGCCCAACUACACCGCGCCCGGCGUGUCAUGUGACCACGGCGCUUACGUCACGCAGGACGUCUGCAUGGGCAAAGACCAGUACGCCAUCUUGUCGGCCAGGAAAACUUUUCCAUCCCAGCAUGCAACGCUCUCUGGCUUUGCUGCGGUCUACAUUUCUAUGUACUUGAACGCCAGCAUCAGUAACAGCACCAAACUCCUCAAACCCUUGCUGGUGUUCACAUUCUGCAUGGCAGCCGGCCUGGCGGGUCUCACCCAGAUCACGCAGCAUCGCAGUCACCCCAUCGACGUCUACGUGGGCUACGUCAUCGGGGCGGCCAUCGCCGUCUACCUGGCCGUCUAUGCGGUGGCAAACUUCAAAGCGUCCGAAGAAGAUGCCUCGCCUCAUCCCAAAAUGCUGUCGGCACAGCAGAAGGACACCCUGAGGGUGCUGAGUCAGCGCGGCCACGACUCCCUCUACAGGAAGACCCCCCGCGUGUCGGAGAGCAGGGAGGAGCUGGGCAUGGCCAUGGCCUCAGGGGCACGCAGCAAGGUGAGGCGGGAGAAAGCCUCGCUGACCUCCCUGAAGCGAGCCAGCGCCGACGUGGAGCUCCUGGCCACCCGUGGUCCCAUGGGCAAGGAAACCAUGGUGACUUUCAGCAACACUUUGCCCAGGGUGGCCAACGGCAGCAGCCCCAUCUCGCCCUCCGAGGAGCAGACCACCUCUCAGCGCCACAUGACCUUCCACGUGCCCUUCGACCCCCAAAGGUCCAGGCAGCUGGUGUCAGAGUGGAAGCAGCGCUCGCUGGAGCUGCGCAGUCAGAGCUCUCGGGACGAAGAUGAGGGUGAGAAUGGAGCCGAGGGUGUGAACACCGGGGACGAGGAUGGCGGGGAAGUGGGCGACAAGGGGGUGCCGGCCUCUCUUUACCCUAAAGUCCAAGCCAACAAGGGCAUGUCCACACCUACUACAGCCAGGAUGGCGGUGGCCCCGCCGCUGGUUCACAUUCCCGAAGAGGCCACACGUCCGCCGCCUGUCUCCCCCAAGAGCGCCAAGACUCGCGCAAAGUGGCUGUUGCUCACAGAAGGGGGCGGUGCUAAGGAGCCAAGUGUGGGGCCCAUUGCUGUGUCGACCCCCCGGGUGCCUGUUCAAGCUCCGAGUCAGCCAAGAGUCACUCAGGUGAUGGCGAUGUCCAAGCAGCAGAACCAUGGCGGGGUCACCUCGGAGGGCGGCUCCUCCUCCGGUGGCGGCUCCAACUCGUCCGAGUCACCCUACUACCGCAUCCCUCCCGACCGGGACAGCUGCAUAAGCAGCAACCCCGGCAGCAUCGCUGGCAGCGGCAGCAUCGUUACCAUCGACGCCCACGCCCCCCACCAUCCGGUGGUGCGCGUGACGGCCGCGAACGGGAAGCCAUGGGAGUGGAGGAACACCAUCAGUGGCAACCUGAUGGGCGGUGACACGUCGGUGGAUAAACACCGCGGCAUUUUGCAGCGGCCGGACAACGCCCCGCUUUACCGCGACUACCGGACACUUCCGGUUAAAAAGGAGUUUCUGGGUGUUGAUGCUGAGCUACCGCUACCGCCACCGCCCCUCCCCACUGCCUCCUCCCCUCUUCCUCCCCCGCCUCAGCUGUCCUCACCCCAUCUACCGCCGCCCCCUCCCCAGUCUUCUUCCUCCCCGCUACCCCCACCUCCUCACCCUUCUCACAUGACCCUCCCGUCUCACCCAUCCUCUCAGGUGUCAUCCUCUCAGCCUUUACCUCCUCCCCCGCUCCCUUCCUCCAUCAUGCCACCCCCGCCCCUUCCCCACCCUUCGUUCUCAGCUGUGCUCCCGCCUCCCACUCACCCCGACCUGUUAAUGGAUAGCCACAUGCUGUCCCGCUCGUCCACGCUGCCCCGCCGUCCCUCCGUGUCGGCCCGCAGCCAUGCCGAGCAGGAGCAGUACUACAAGGCCCUACAGAACGAGCGCAUGCUAUAGUAGGUGGCUGGCGGGGUUAAGGACUUGAACAACGCGAGGGUAGCUUGUACAGUACAAGGACUAUUUAUUUAGAAUGAUUUUUUUGAAUCCUGACUGGCAGCUUCGGUCAAGGUUGAGCACCAAGGGGACGCUCAGCUUUGCCAAAGCGCCUGCUGUCACAAGAAGAGAAAACAGAUCAAAGACAUGAAGGAAUAAUUCCCCUUUGGCUUCUACGAGCGUUUGCAAAGUGAAGAGCAAAGCAGCUGAGGAGGAGAUACGACUCAGACCUCGGAUUUGCUCAAUCUGUUUUCCUUUGAGAGGGCGACGAAAGCCGAGGAAAACAAAACAACCUCAGGCUGCGUUGGCUUCGUAAAACUGCUGCCGACUCAACUCGUGGUGUCUCAGAAGGAUCAUUAAACGGAUCAUGGCGUUAUCAGUCUGCAACCUUCUGUGCGAUAUUUAAACAAAGAAUUGGAAGCUUGAUCCGAGCAAACUUGUGCAGGGAGAGGAAGCAGCUGUGCGUCCCAAUCCAGGCGUCAAGGAAUGGCUCAAUGACCGCAAAACAAACCACUCGGCUAAAGUGUUCACUGAACAAAGCUGAUUGGCCUCUGCUCGCCUCUGGGAGUCUGCACUGAGAGGCUUGGAGGCGCUUCGCCCUUUUGGUAGGCGUUCAACAAACUGCCAUUGCCCCGGUCGUCUCACGGGACAAUGGCAUCCCAACCCUGGUGGGCACCAAGACAAGUGGACAAUAGCCACUUGAAGGAGUGGUGAACUCUGAAGUCUGGUUCACUUGAGCACUGCUCGGACCAAAGACACAGACCGGUGUUCAAAUGAGUCAGGAAAACACGUGGUUAUAAAAAUAAAGAUUGGAGUCUGGUUUAUAAAGCUCGUGUGCGCACAAAACAAGGCCGAAAGGUUG